AUGCAUCUACAGGAUUCAUAUACGUCUACGGGUCUAUGGACAGGACGAAUAGCAGCAGAGAAAGGCUCGGGGAAUCCUCCAAUGUGUCAGCCUUCCUCAGCUACUACUCGUUUCAUGCAUGGACUCGUUAAGCUCGGCUCAAUAUCAGAUACCCAUCGAGAUCUGAGAUGGAAGUUCCACGGAUAUGGUCUGAAAGCAUUUCCGCACACGCGAAGCCAUUCUGUUUAG